CAGUGAGUGGUGUUGUGUAUUUAUGAGCAAAACUAGUGUUAACUCUUUGAGUGUGUACGAUGUUCUAGUGAACUUUUAAGUGCCAGUUAACCUUUUAAUAUCUUUUUAAAUUCAAGUUUUAAUCGCUAUUUUAACUGUGUGUGGUGGUGAAGCAGAAAAAUUGUCGGUCUUGAGCGUCCAUGGUGGUGUCAGGACCGAACUGAAGCUGGACAAUCACUCGGCAAAUCCUACAGCAUCUGUACCGAGCUCUUGUAAGAGGCACCAGGCAAGGAUGUUACUGGCAAGCUCUCACACAAUCUCUUCAUAGACGUUCAAGGCAGGUUCUUGUCUCUGUGGCAGCCAUGAGACGAUUAUUAAGGCACUGUGACAACAGUUAUUUACGAGAGAGCAGCCUGGUAUACACCACAGCAACCCUCGGUACACAUCAACACCAGUAUCAAUACAAUACUGAAGAGGUAGAGGAGGAAGAGGCAGCAGCCAUGAGCAGCAGCAGCAGCAGCAGGGAGGUGUUGUACAGGAGUGUGUUCAGAGGUUCAUCUUCUGAGAUGUGUGGUGACCUGUCACCCAUGUCUAACCUAGCUGCUACCCUCCAUCAUGGUGUCUCCAUCACUCACACACCUAGGAGGAAGCUCUCACUCUCCUCUAACUUGUCUGACACUCCACAGUCCUGCCAUGACACCUCACCUCUACACUGCUCAAGUUUGUUGCACAAUAGCAAUAGUUCAGACUCUGGUUCUAGCCAGUGUGAGGAACUUCCUAUCUCCCCAUCACAUCGGCUUCCCUCCCGCGACAAAGAAAACUUUCCCUCGCCAUACUACUCUCCAUCCCAUAAUGCCAUUGUACCUCCUCGCACUCGUGCCAGCCCUUUUCAGGAUGUACAAAACACUGUCAACAGAAAUCUUAAUUUUAGUCCUCUUAAAAAGAACCUGCAGUUGGUGUCACCCUCCAAAAGACUAUUUACUUCUCCACACAAGCCAUCCACACCAGAUAAUUUUGACACAAACUCACAGGAUAGUGGAUACUCUGAGAGUGGCAAGAAACUGGAAGACUGUUUCAGUGUGCCAGUCAGUUGUGCCCCACGAAAACUUAACCUGGACCUGUCUCCUCCCAAGCCUCGUUUACUAAUCUCUCCUGCAAAAUCACCAAUCUCUGUCAUUUCAUCAGUUACUUCUGUGUCUACUGUGUUUUCUACGACCACUUCCACACCAAUAUCUUCAUCAUGCAGUACAAAUGAGGGACGCAAGCCUUUUAGAAAAUUUUCUUCUAUGUCUAAAGCAGACGAGGAAGAUACUAUGCUGAUGGACCUUUUAAAAGAAAUGCCCUAUGAGGAAGAACAGCCAUUGGGAUUUUCUAAUCUUCUUUCAGCACCAAUUCAACCCCAAACAACCUACUCACAGGUGUUAAGUAGUGCCACAGUUCUUGAGGGUCGUCCAUCAAUCAGAAGGUGUCUCUCAAUGGUAGACACUACACCCACAUCAUCCAGGAUUGAGAGUGUCCUCACCAAACCUCCAUCCGAAGCCAGUACCUCAGUUUCUUUUAAGCGACCGCAGCCUCCAACAGAUCUCUCCAACUACUUGGAGUGUAAGCGGAGACGGCAAGAUGAAUCCAGUGAUGUACUGUCCCCCCUUACCUCGAAUGCGCCAACUACAACUGGUGAAAAAAUUCUUGCACAGAGACAAGCCUCUGCACCAGAACCCAGUACUUCUCAGUCUGUCAAACAUAAGCUUCAACGGAGCCACUCUGAGAGCCAUGUUUCCAUUAUGAAGGCCUUGAAUAAAUGCUCUGGACAUGAUGGAGAUCUUAUAGGCGACUUUUCCAAACCCAUAGUGCUUCCUACUGUUGAAGGUGCUAAGCAUCCCGACCUGAAAACCAUCAGUGUAGAUACUCUGGCUGAUGUUGUUAGUGGAAAGUAUGGUAGUAAAGUUGCCUCGUAUAGAAUUAUUGAUUGCAGGUAUCCCUAUGAGUUUGAAGGUGGUCAUAUUAUUGGUGCAGAAAUGUGGCACCACCCAAAAAUGGUGGAGGAAAACUUAAAUGCACGGAAAGGGGCGCCUGUUAUAUCAAGUGAGGAAUCACCAAGGCGGAUUUUAAUUUUCCACUGUGAAUUUUCUGCUGAGCGGGGCCCUAAAGCUCAGCGGUUACUUAGGGAGAUGGAUCGCACUGCAAAUAAGGAACACUAUCCUGCUUUGCAUUUUCCUGAGAUAUACCUUUUGGAGGGUGGCUAUAAGGCAUUCUAUGAAAAAUAUCCAGAGCUAUGUACACCUAAUGACUAUGUAAGAAUGCUUGAUGCCAACCAUGCCGAAGAUUUGAAGCACUUCCGAGGAAAGUCCAAAUCCUGGGCAGCAGAAAACAAACAGUCAAAGAGCCGCACCACUAUCCCUCGUCCAGGACUUAAGAGGCUUGGGUUAUGAUGACUGUUUAAAGUGUAGGUUUGGCAUUAUACAAAUUCACUAUUUCCUAAAGUGUGUGUGCAAUAUUUGUAUUUUUUGUUGUUGUGUACAGGAGACUUUUGUCCAGACCUGGUCUUCAUUGGCCAGCUGUUUGCCUAAGUAUGCCAUAGGGAUAAUUUAUCAACUUGUAAAUACAGCCGUGAUGUUGAGAGAUCUGCUGGUGUGCCUUGUCUGGACAGAGUUUUGUUAAUUUUUUUUUUUUGUUCUUCCACUCCUUAUUUCUUAUAAUUUAUGUUUGAUUUGAUCAGUUAAUUGAUCGUUCACAUUUUUUAUCACCAUUCCUCAGUCAUUAUGGCCAGUCUUGACCCACAACUUUGGUCGGUGAGGGAUACAAAAGCCUGUCAAAGGCUUGCUUAAUAAAACAAAUUCAUCCCAUUAUCAUCAGCCUUUGUAUUCCUGUUUUAGUUAAAAUAAAUUUUAAACAAAAAGUGACUUUGAUGCUGUGAUAAGUAUGAUCCAACAGCCAGAUUGUCUAUGUAGGCUUGUGUGCAUGCUGAGAAACUGAAAUACUGAAUAUAAGUUUAAAUAAUUUUUGUAUUUAGUACAUGUACAAAAUACUUGUUUUUCUUUCAAAAAUUUAUAUUUUCUGAAUCUUUUUAUACAGUUAUAAUUUCCAACUUCCAUUUUAGUGUGACUGAAAAAGUGAAGAUACAUAUUCUUAUUGUUUAUAUGUUUGUCAUCUGUAAGAACAUGCUCUCCUGAUAUGAACGGAUGCUAAUUACAUUUUUUUUUUAUUUUACAUGUCUCAAUUGGUUCUGGUUACACAGCAUGCUUUGACAGGUGCUGUAUGACCCCUGUGGGUUUAGUGCUUUCCAGGAAUGUAAUAAUAUGCUGUGAUACAUUCCAAAUUAUGAGACAUUUUUUCCCCUGGCAUUUGCCCAGUGUUUUUAGCAUCCUUAGUAUCAGUGCCGAUCUCAGAACACCGACCAUUCCAUACAUAUCAUGGGUUAGAUGACCUUUUUUUUUACCGUAAGUUCAUUGUGAUUUUGCAUUGUUUUACUUUUUUUUUUUUUUUACUGUACUUGGGAUAUCCUUUGAUAAUAUUUGGAUCUCUCAGUGUAGACAGAUCUUCAGUGUUCUGUGUAAUGAUUUCUGGGGAGUAGGCAUAUUUUUAAGAGCUGUAUGUGCGUUCCUUUCUAGUCUUUUGGUAGGGUACAUCAUCCAUUAAAUUUCUUGUGAAAAGUGUAAACUUGUGCCCUUUAUUGACAAUACAUGGAAAUUAGUACUUCUGUUUUUGCGAA